GGAGACGUUGUAAUUUAUUGUGCAUAGCAAAUGCAAGUGGUUUCCCCGGUAUGUGGACAUAUAUUAAAAAAAAUCGGUUUUGACGCGGUUAACAUAAUUAAUUCAUUGAUUGUAUCAAAUUGUUAUUGUUUAGUUUUAACCGACAGCAAAAAUACUAUUUUUUUUAAGGAUUGUUAUUUGUAGACAUGAAAUUACAAUAGUGUACUUCAAAUUGGAAAGAUAAGCGGGGUGGGAUUGGACUUCUAAAGCUAACGGGAACGCCUACUGAAAACUUGCGACGACAAAACUUUAAAAACAAAUCGGACAUUCUUAUCCUCAUAGUCCAAAUUACUUAUUAAAAACACAUAUAUUGUACAAAUAAAUACACUAAUAUGCUAAUAGUCAAUAUUUGAAGAAAAACUUGGUUUAAAGUGCGCAACAAAAUGUCUGCCAAAAUAAAUGACACGCCCACACCGCAAGAGAUGACGUCAGCUGCAACAUCGCUGUUGUUACCAACUGCUAUAAGUGGGAGUGAUGGAUUAAGAUCCGAGAUAAAGCAUGAACCUCCCGAAGAUAUCGAUGAUCGCCCAGCAAGUAUUUUAAAGUUUCAAAACGUUAGCAAUACAAAUCCCAAUGAACGUACAGAUAGUCCUAAAAUUCGUCUUACACCAACAAUAAAGCUGAUGCCCAUACCAAAUCCGGUAGAUCCCAAACGAAGGUUUGCUUGUCCGUAUGAAAAUUGCACAAAAAGUUAUGGAAAGAGUUCUCACUUACGUUCACAUUUAACCUGGCAUACUGGCAUCAAACCUUUUGUUUGUUCACAACAAAACUGUGGUAAAGGAUUUACUAGAUCCGAUGAGCUUAAUCGUCACGUGAGAACGCAUACGGGAGAAAAACCGUUUGAAUGUAUACAGUGCACAAAGAAAUUCUCUCGUAGUGACCAUCUCACGAAACACCUUGCUACUCAUGCUAAACAGAUGCAAAAUUGUUCUAAAAAAGUACGAGUAAAAGAAGAGGGAAAUCGUUCCAAAAAGGGAUGUUAUUUGAAUGAAUCGUCUGAUUCGAAAAAUAGCUUUGAUGAUUCAGAUUUUCCUAACGAAACGGAAGAAUAUAGCAAAGGGAUGCAUUUUAUGGCAGCUCUAAUUGAAAACAGCGGUCAGUCUAAAGAUGUAACGUCUGAAGCGAAAGUUAAACAAGUGUCUGAAAAACUUACGUCUGAUAGCUUAUUGGAUCACAAACCUAUAAAAAUAAAACUAGAACGACCGGAAAAUAGCGAGGAGUAUCAUAUAGUGCCACCCGAAACAGCUGAACAAAGAAAACAAAAUUCCUCAGUUUUGGUCCCGGAAGAUCAAAUGUCUUCUGAAUUCGUGACACAUACAAUCAAAAAGCAAAAUUCCAAUACGAUGGAACAACAUUUAACAAUGCUAUCUGGGCAUGCUGCAUUUAUAGGGUGGUCCCAAUUGGGAAAAGAUACUUCGGAAGAUUUAAUUGAUCCCCACCGUCCAUGUCGGUGCAACCUUUGUAAAAAGUCAUUUAAACGACAGGAUGAUCUCAAUCGUCACCUUCGCACACACACUGGAGAGAAACCUUUUAUAUGCAUAGAAUGUGAGCGACGGUUCAUGCGUAGUGAUCAUUUAAAAAAACAUAUUAAAACUCAUACUAAAUGUCGGUAGUUACGUUAAGUAAAUGGUAAACGUAUGUUAUAUGGAUAAAAAAAAUAUAAAUGCAUAAUAAUAAAUGAGUUAUACAAUCUAAAAUAUUUGGAUGGUUAUUAUGUAAUCGACGAGUUUCUUUCGCAACGUGAGCAAUAAGUGAAAAUAUUAUUGAGAUUUCCAAAAUUUUACAACUUGCCAUACAUAUAACGCGUACAGAAAUCCUUACAAAGACUUCCUUUAGUGUGGAAAUCGUAAUCAUUCAUUAGAAAAAAUAUACAUAUAUAUAUCCCAAGUAAUGUUUCAAAUUCCACCAGUCGCAUACAAUUGUAUAUAUAUUUCUACAUCCAUGCAAAUGCAAACGUACAACUUUUGCGAUAAAGUAUUAAUGCUUUAAUUCCAGGAUAAACGGUGCAAUCAUAAGUUGUGUGUAUAAAGUAAAAUAUAUAUAUAAAGUAAGAGUUAUAUAUUGAUCUCGGAUAUCACAUUGUUAAAAACAUUUAUCCGCAAAAUACUGAAUCGUUUAUUAAUUGAAAAUUUGGGUAUUAUUUAAAAAUUAUAUAGCUUACUCAACUUUUUAAUAUUUUAAUGACUGUUGUCAAAAUUAAUGUGUAUAUAGUUUAUUUUUAUUAUAUUUAAAAACUUUUAUUAUAAUGUAUUUAUAAAGUUAUCUACAAAUAUACAGUUGUGCACAAAAAAAGAAGUAAUCACAUGUACGAAACAAAACUUUAAAUUAUUAUCAAGAAAAACAUUUGUUUGUGUCAAAAUUUGUACAUAACAUAUUCACCAAUGAUGUAUUAAAAUAUAUGCUAAAUAAAUUGGAAAAUCUAGUUCCAUAUAAAAAUAGGAUAAUACUACGAA